AUGGAUGCAGAUACCAGCGGACUCAAUCCGAAGACCUGCAGCACCUACUGUGCGACCUAUGGGAUGCUGUGCCUGAAAGCCGCCCAAUCGAGUGGCUCCUGUUCAUUGUCGGUGUCCACAACUGCAUAUCAGACACAAACGAGGUACGGCUGUGACGAGACGCUAGACAACCAAGUGUGUGAGUGCUACCCUGCGAACUGGGCUCCGCAGCUUGUGAAUCCGGCGAGUGAUUCUUCACAGAGGACUUAUUCAAGCUCCUUCGCUGACACAGCGAAAAUAGGAGCUCUUGACGACACCAGCAGCGACCAAAUGUGGAGAGCUGCCACUGAUAGCGGUGAAAACAUGGUUAUCGACAUCGGCUCCAAUAGCUACUAUGUCUGUGGCGUCAUUACGCAGGGAAGUGGCAGUGCAGACUACUGGGUCAAUACCUUCGAGGUGGACUUCAGUGAGGACAACAGCAACUACGCCCCGAUCGCUGGCACUUUUGCCACUGCUGGUGACAAGACGACUCAGAAGCUGUCCCGAUUUCCUUUGCCGAUGCGUGCGCGCUAUGUUCGCAUCUGGCCGUCCACUGUCAACGGCGCCCUCGCCAUGCGCGCAGGGCUGGUGACAUGUGGGCCGUUGAGAGCCGGGACUUCCGGAAACCAUGCCACCAACGCAGGCGUUACGUGUCAUUCGGAUGUUUCAAACUGUGGCACGCAGAUUACUGACGGCAACAAAUGCACCGACAGUACUACAUUUUCGGGUGCUGUGGCGACAGCAUCCACGGAGCUUUGCACUUCCAAGUACUGGGUGCAGCUUGAUCUAGGAGCCACAUUGUCGAACGACGCGCCAACGAAGUUGGUGAACAAGGUGGUGGUGUAUGGAUGCCAGAACUUGAUGUAUUGUGGCCGGGCUCUGGAAGUUUCCAGCGAUGGGACCACCUGGUCGACGGUCUAUGAGGCAAAUACAGCUUAUGAUGACGACGAUGCGCCUAACGUGACGUACAGCGCUGUGGAGUCGGGUUCUGGAAGCGUUUUUCGCUUUGAUUUACGUCCCAUUCGCUAUGUGAAAGUUUGGUCCAGCAUCAGCAGCAGCGCCCUUCAAGUACACUUCGCAGAAAUCGAAGUUUACGAGCAGGCCACGGAGCUGAACUAUCAGUUUGACACAGAGAUGGCCAGCACGGCCGUGACCAUGGGCAAGCUGAGCAACCUGGGGAUGCUGUCCGACUACACAUUCAUGGCUUAUUGGAAGGCGAGUUCCCUCACGACCAACGCCGAUUACCCAAUCUUCGGACAGACCCAAAGCAGCGGCCUGAACUUCUUCGUGAAGCAGACGGCGACCAACACCAUCCAACUUGAGCACAAAGUGGAUGGCUCCGACGGAUGCAGCACAAGUGCGACGUCGGUUUCGGCCAACUGGAACCAUGUUACUCUGUCCUUCACCGCCAGCACAAAGGCAUCAACGUUUUACCUCAACGGUGCCGCAGUGUCGCCAACCUGUGCAGCACAGAUCAGCGCCACAGAUGGAAGUGUCGAGUAUGGAGGCGGUCGCGGAGAGGGCACCUGGAGCGGGAGCCUUCAGCAGGCCAAGGUGUAUACACGAACCGUCUUGUCUGAGGAUUUGACCAAUUUCAGCAACUGGUGCUCCACGUACACCUGCGGGCCAGGAUAUCGCCGUGAUUCGAGCAAAUCAGGAACCUGCAGCACUGCGAGCUGCACGGACGCAGAAUGCUGCGAGGAGUGGCCAACAUGCGCCACAACGGAUUGCACGCAAGACUCAAAGUACACCUCCAGAAGACGCAACUACUGCUUUCGGUCGUGCACGGAGACUCUGUGCUGCACAUGGCGCGUCCUCGGUUCCUUCACACUCACCGGGACUUCAACCCCAACGGUGACAACGCACAGCACAGCCUCCUGGGUUGAUGCGGGUUCCACUUGCAAGGACCAGUUUGACGAUGCGCUCCCUGUUACCACGAGUGGAACGGUUGACCGCACCACUGCAGGCACAUAUACUAUCACCUACCAGUGCACAGAGAACAAUGGCAACACAGUGUUGGACACAAAGACACGGACUGUCACGGUCGUGGAGAGCAUGUACAUCAACCCAGCCUUGUACUGGGUGGUGCAGCGCGAGGCCGGAUCUUGGACGGACACAGUCUCCAAGUGCUGGGACACGGACGACACGUUCGACGCGGAUGUGGCUGACAUGCAUCAGUCGGAGACAUGGGAUGCUAGCGCCCGGCUCUACAAUGCAGAUGGGGCAUCCGGCGGAGUCACCGAGGAAAACCGCACUAUUACCUACACCUGCUCUUUGACCAGCGAGAAAAUCGAAAGGACCUUGAUGAUUCGGGAUGCCAUCCGUCUGUAUGGACCAAAUCCCCAUGUGGUUCGCAGUGGGCGACUUCGGUGGAACGCUGGUGCUUGCGAGAUCUGCGACACGACGGAUACUAACCCUGGAGAGACAUCGUGCUCAUAUUCGGACGACAACUCCACUACGACGGACAGGUGUGCAUUGACGGCUACAGGCUGGAAGGCCAGCAAUGACAAGGGAGAGGGCACUUAUUUGCAGCUGGAUCUGGGUUCAGCACUCAAAGUGGCAGGAGUGAAGACCAAGGGCCACUCGAGCGAGGAAGCAUGGCUGAAGACCUACACCGUCGCCUACUCCACUGAUGGCUCGAGCUGGAACGACGUCUCCGGCACGUUCACGGCCAACACCGACCAGAACACGGAGGUUGAGGCCAUGCUGCCGUCCCUAGUGGAAGCACAGUGGUGGCGCAUCAUCGCGAAGACAUUUCACAAUGUGGUGGCAGCUCGAGCUGCGAUCAUGGUCUGCAGCUCAACCAGUGCGAGCACUGAUGCAGAUUGCUUGUGUGGCUAUGUUGCCGCACCAGCUGCUGAAGCAUGCCGAACCGAUGUGACUGUGGACUGCAUCGAUGCUACAGGGACCGCUCAGACACCAUCCCUGAGCCCUUCAAUUAUCAAGGCACUUGAUGCAUCGGAGACUGUCGUGACCUACUCGUGUACCGGGGCUCCCGACUACACGCGGACCGUGAAGAUCCGGGAUUCGAUAUCUUUGGUCGGCAGCUCCUCUGUCUUGGUUCCCGGUGGUGUGUCAGGACAAUGGAACGUUGCGUCGAGCGGCACAUUUUACGAGACUGGCAGCACAUGCAUCACUCACGAGGGCGAGGAGCUUACGCCAAGUGUGGACUUGGACUAUCUUCCAUUCACUACGGAGCGAACCUACAUCAUCAAUUACGAAUGUCGAAGACGGGCGGCCCCUGUCUUGCAGCGCACUGUGGAGGUGCGAUUUCCCCACAGGUUUGAGAACGAAGCCAAGAAGGUGUGGGCGCUGGGAACUGAGUUAGGCUCCUCUGCGACGCACUACGAAGAUGCAUGGGCCUGCAUGGACUUAACGGCAACAGCACAGAGCUCCUCGCGGCUGUCAGUCAGCUCGGAUUUUUUCGAUCGCUACAUCGAGAAUUACGUCUCCUACCCAUUUCCUCCCUGUUCUACCGGGGUGCCGCUUAUUGUACGCUCAGGAGAAAUUCGUCACCCCAUCUUCUUGGCGGGCGACCGGCAGGAGUUUCACUUGGGGAUCAGCUCUUCAGGUACCCCCAGCUUGGGGCAAUCGGACUUUGACACCCGUUUCGCAGCAAGUCCCUUUCGCAUCAUCCGCCGCACUUGUUCAUCCUGUGAUGCUGGCUUUCAAGACAUCUACUAUCGGCGUCUCACGGACAUGCCAAGUGGCUUCUCUGCUUACAAGCAGAUGGCCUGUGAAUGGACCGAGACUGACAACAAGGGAGGGACAGAUUUUAAGAUCUACAGCAGCCUGGCAGAUGCUAUCGGAGACACGAACGCAUGGUCUGAGUAUGGCGGCUUUGGAAGUACGGAUGUAGGCUUUCCAGGAACAUCCGGCCCUUCUUCUGCGUCAAGUGGCCAGUACAGCAGCAUACCCGUAUCGGAAUGUUCCUCAUCUUCAACCGCGACUGGUGUGGACGGCAGCUUCUACAUCUACGACUACGCGUCCUCGGUGGUGCCUGGCACCUGCACCCGAAGUGUAGGAACUCUUGGCAGCGGUGCACAGUGCGAGGAUGAUAAUGGCCAGGAGAGUCGAUUGGGUUUCCUGAUGUUCACGAAGGAAUCUCGUGCAGCAAGAUGGCAAUCAACCGCCACGUCCUUUGCGGAGAACUUUGUCUGUGCUCGCUUCACAGGUGUGGAGUGGCAGUACUUGGAAGGGACCACAUGGACUCAGUUCAUCCCAUACCCAACUGACGUACUUCUGGCUAGAAUAGAGUUCGACAACAACACGAUCACGUCGUUGAAAGGAUCGGAUGAAGAGUUUUACACGGUCAAGAUGGGUUUCGUGGAUGGGGACUUGGAUUUCACGCUGGGCACCAGUUCCGUCACAAUUGCCGGUACAUCUUUUGUUGCUCGGUGCGGCGAGGAUUUAUGGUGCCGCGGCGGUAUUCGACCAAGCGGAACGGACGGAGCAUCGUACUGUUGUGCAAGUUCUUGUACAGUAUGUGGAGGGGCAACUUGUUCCGACAAUGGAGCCUUGGACAUCUGCUGCUUGAGCACUCUGCUGGAAGCUGGGAGGGUUUGUCGCGACCAUGAUGAUGUUUCCUGCUUGAUUCCAGAGUCGUCGGUUCUGUGCGGUGGCAGCCUGCAGCUGAGUAACUUCGAGUCUGCGGCAACCAUGAAACAGGCUGGCUGGACCAUUGACAGUGACAACGACGCCGACCUGUUCUCCCCAGAUUCUACACUCAAUGGCUGGUACAGGGGGUUUGCUUCGGGCUCUAAUGCCGGGGGGAUCAGUGUCACCCUCCGGGGAUAUGGGCAACUCGAUCUGACCUUUGGAAAUGGAAAUUCGGUGUCGGGCACAACCAACCAAGUACAAGUACUCCUCGGCGGCAACGAAGUAGACACCGCCGACUCCACGCAGUCAGAGAAGACGGCUACUAUCGAUUUCACGGAUGGGGAUGUGUUGGAAAUCAAGGAUGCAGGGGACGCCAUCAUUCUUGUCAAGGGCCUUGCCUUCAAGUGCUUGGUACAGGAUUUCUGGCCACGUGUGGUCAUUAGAAGUGGAGAGUUUGGUGCUCCGAGCACCUGGACCGCAUGGCCUGCGGAGGCCUGCUAUCUUGAGGAGGAGUCGACUGGCACCUGGAGCGGCACGGUGAGUGUAAGCAGCAGCUCGAUUUCGACUGCCAGCGAAGGUCUUUUCCCAGUGACUUACACAUGCAGUCGAAACAACGUCCCAACAACAAGGACUGUGAUCGUGAAAGUUCGAGAUCCCAUCGAGCUGGUCGGCCUUGAGGCCAUGAUCGUCCGCCAAUCGGCUGGCUCAACCUUGGCAGAUCCUGGCGCAGCAUGUAUCGACCGAGACUUGGUCCCGCUGGCUGUUUCCACUUCACCGUCAAGCAUUGCGUUGGACAACGUUGGCGAGUACUCUUUCACAUACUCCUGUACUGACAGCAGCAGCCGAACUUCCACAAAGAUCCGCUAUGUUCAAGUUGCGCCUGCCAUAGAAUUGAAGGGGGACGCAGUCAUUGUUAUCGAAAAGGACAAGACAUGGAACGACCCGGGUGUUCAGUGCGUUGACGUCAACGGAGGUUUGUUGGCUCACACAGCCAGCCCUUCCCCGGUAGACACAACCUCGGCCGCCACGAACACGGUCACCUAUACAUGCACGGACAGUACUUCUGCAGCCCUGACCGCAACCAGGACCGUGAUUGUGACGAGCGGCCUGCCCGGAACCAUUGUUCAGGGUCCCAGCUCUGGCAUUGUCCUACUUCUCGGAGAGACGUUUCAGGAUCCUGGGGUCUGCUGCAAGGAUAGCCACAAUCAGGUCUUGCCCUUCUCCAGCAUCCUGAAUACCGCGCAUUCUGACUGGAGCGGGUUACAAACACUGUUCUACAGCUGUACAAGCUUCGACGUGUCUGAAAGUGCCGUGCGGACCCUCACAGUCAACAACGUGCCAAAGAUCUUUCUCACGGGUGAUGCUGAAACAUUGUCGGUAUUGGAUAACUUGUAUGUAGAGGCUGGGGCAGUUUGCACAGACAUCGAGGAUGGUCUCAUAACGGCUUGGGGAGCGACUGGCUUGGGGAGUGCGCAGAAGCUGCCCUUGCUCAGAGCGGGCGCAAGCGGGACGGUGACGUCGGGCGCAGCGGAAAAUAUUAUCGAUGGCGACGAGGCGAGCUCAGUGACUCAAGCUUGUGAGUCCUGCGUAGAGGUUCCUCAGUCGCUGCACUUGUGGGUAGACCUGGGUGCCGGCAAAGUUGUCCACCAGUACGCACUGGCUGGGACCGUGUCCGGAGCCAGCAUUUUAGUCGGGCCGGACAUUAAUGUCGGUCCUGCUUGCAAGACUGGCAUCACGACCUCGCUUGGGAGUUCUUCGAUAGUGGACUGCGAUGCUCCUUUGGCCGGCCGGUUCGUUACGCUGGUUGGGUCUGCUUCCUCCAUGAAAGUCUGCGAGCUCACCAUUUACGGCACGGUCGGGCCCGCAGCACCUGCUAGAAUCAAUAUCACAGGUACACCAGCAAGCUGCACUGGAGUUGAUGCUGUCACGCUGGAGCUAGCAGGACACAACGACAGCGCCUUGGGUGUCAUGUACUCCACUCAGCUGCCUGGCUCGAACAACGAGUUGCGUACAGAUCUAGGCACGGGACCUCAUCUACAGACAGAAGCUGUGGCCGGCAAAACUUUGGGUACUCCUGGUUCAGAGCGAUGGGUACUGCGUGAUUCAAACUGGGUAGAGCAAGCCUAUGCCAGUGGAGGAGAAAGCUUUCCACCAUUGGAUGGAAGCCAAUGGACUAUUUCAGGGAGUGGCGCGACUUGUACGGGCCUCUCCUUCGCAAUCGAUCCCGAAGACUCGUGUAGCUGGCUGUUCGGGCCAUCAAGCGCUGACGACCAGUAUGGCUGCGGGGAUGGCAGCGAGUGCAACACGGAGGGCUGCUGCUCCACGGCGGGUGGUCUUGCACGAUGUCCGCCCAAUCUCCCGAGGAUGUGUGAGGCACAGACCUGCGGCAGCGACUACUGCUGCAAAACGGAUUGUGCUUCUCAUAGUGGAAAUCGCUUGUGCAAGCAAAGCUCCCUGCCUGCUGUUACCAGCACUGGAAGCUCCACGCUGGCACGGAUGGAAGUGGUGAAUUCCGUCUUGCCCAACGACCCUGCAAUCUACAAGGUGACGUACACUUGCUAUGAUUCGGCAGGUGCGCAUGUCUCUGUCACGAGAACGGUGGAGGUGGGAUGUGAAGAUCCAAACCCCGGUGGAACCUACGGCGGCAACCGCGUUGCUUGCAGCACGAUUUACAAAGAGACAGAGAACGUUGCGAACUACGAUGCCUGCGAGACUCUCUGCUUGUCGGCCAACAGCACUGAAUGUGUGGCAUACUCGUUUUUCACCAAUGGUACAUGCCAAUUUCUAACGCUUUGCACAGGGCGCUACUUCAUGAUUAUUAACGGCACUGACCGGCAUGUGGCAUAUUGCAGACGCGUGGACACAGCUCCCAGCAUUUACCUCGAAGAUGGUGUCAGCUGGUUCCUCUUGGGUGCCACGACUUACAGCCUGCCGAAGGUGAGCUGCUCGGAUUCUGAAGAUGCUGGAAACAUGGGGGACCCGACAGACAACAUCAACAGUGUCGUGGAUGUAAACACGGCUGGGAAUUACAUUGUAACAUACACGUGCACGGACAGCGCGGGGCAGUCAACAACUGGAACACGGACAGUCACAGUAAAGGCAAACUGCUCGGUGCCUACAGUCGUCAAUCAGAACUCCACCACCGGCUACUGUGUAGAGGGGACGACGUUUGCUCAUGGCACCACGUGCACGGGUGCCUGCAACUAUGGCUAUGCGCCACGAAAUCCAACUCAUACCUGCACUACCAAGUCAGACACUGAUUACGAGUCUGCGUUUGAUCCCUCUCUUAUCUUGUGCGAUGUCCUUCCUUGCAACGAGCCCUCCGUCGCGAAUUCUGCUGUCAGUCCUACAGAUGGCCAACCGAAGGCCUGUGAAGAGAGCAAUACCGCGCGUGAGAUUCCGGAUUCCAGCGUUUGCACUCCACAGUGCGCUGAUGGCUAUGUUCCGCGUGUUCCAGGUGUUGGUUCGGGUGCUACGCUGGCCUGCUCAGCCAAGAUUUUGGACCCACCGACCUUUGUUUGUGAGCUGCCGGCCGCCCCUCCGUUGUCGAUCUUCGCACCUUCAAGACCUAAGCCGGAGGGCGCUGUGGAUAUCACGCUCCAGUUUGCAACUGGCACGGCCAACGAUUGCGCUUGGUCUGGAUUCAUCUUCGAGGGCAAGGAAGUAAAAAGCGGUGAGACAACGACCUACGGCGAGAUGGUCGGAUGUGAAAACAGCAUUUUCACGGCACGAGAUGUGGUGACAUGUAUGGCGACCGGCUUGACGGAGGGCGGUGAUUACCAGUUUCGUGUCAUGGAGGUUUGUACUGACACGAACAUGAACAGCCCUUGGACAGAAUCUGAAGUGUUGACACUGCGAUUCGUUAUCGUCCCAGACAUUUUGCUCCUGCUCCCAGAGGGCGAUCAGUACAGUGCCGUUAGCCAGGUGCUCCUCGCAAUGCAGGUGGAUGUGUACGUGACGUCCGACACGAGCAAAGCUUUCGUCAUCGAUCGCAAGAACAUCCGAGAGGGAGGUGAAGAGUGGUGUCCGACCAUCCAAUGGCGUGUGCCUGCGGAUUCGAUCAUCGAUGGCAGUCCAUCUGGAGCUUCCACUGUCGGCCUGAUUCAGGAGCGGAUUCUUAUUGCAAACUUCCCAGCGGACGACUUCAUCAAGCCUGGAUGCUUCUAUGAUAUCGCUUUCGAAGAAGGUUUGUUUGUGACGGAGGACACUCCGUCCAAGGUCAAUCCUGAGUUUCGGUGGAAUUUCAGCUACAUUGAUCCGUCUCCAGUGAGGAAGGUACUUCAGGUAAGUUCGCAGGAAGUAAAGGAUGACGGCAUAGAAGUGACCUUCCUCGUUCAAUAUGAUUUGGCAUCAGAGAUCAAUUGCUGCCCGACCCAACAGGGCAUGCAAGCUGUUUGCCGAUCCGAUUUGCAUCACAUCUUGUCGUGCAUUCGCUUUGCGACUCAGUCAGCACGGCCGGUGGCAAAAAGCCUUUUCCUCGUAGGCACCGUUGCAGCGGUGGAGCCGGAUGCGGCGCCCUUGCGGGUGACUGGCCGGGUCGGCACGGGUGCCUUGCGGCAGCCGAUUUACAGCAGUGACGUCAACAGGACACAUGCAGAAGCAAUGUUCGAUGUCAACACGCCACCAGAUGACUGCUGGCAUAGGACAGCCGGUGAAUACACGGUCUUCGAUGACACGGCUUUCAGUUUCAGUGUUCCGGCUCUGGUGCCAAGCAAGCAGUACACCAUCAACUGUGACGGCUGGAAACGCUCCAAGCCCUGGGUUCCUGUUGUUUGCUCGAACUUUCCGGAGGCGUGUCCGGAUGUUAGCUUCACAACACUGGCUGACACCCGUGCGGAUCUGCAGUCUAUUGGCAUUCUGAAGGUGGCAUUGUGUGCCGACGGCACGCAGGUCACGAUGUCAUCGCGACUUGGAUGCAAUAUCGGGGAUCGCUUUUGCGUCCCUGUUUUGCAACCAUACUGCGGUGUUGAGAAAGCAGUGGGCGAGGUUGCCGACACCGAGGUGAACUUCACGGUUGCUCCAGUGUCCGACUUCGCUACCAUGACGUACAACAAUCCAGAGUACGAGUAUCACAACUUCUCGUAUGAGAAGCAAGCUGAUGGCGCCAGACUGCUGAUGCUGACUUCCUCUCUGGACGUAACGGUGAAGCUCGGGCCAGAGACGGGCCCAAGGGUCUUUGCAGUGGCUCAGGCUUUCAACGUCUCUUUCACGGAUACAAAGCUGGCAAUCUUGAAGAUAACUGUCACUCCAACAACUGGAGCAUCUUACUCCGUUGAGGGGGCCGGCUCGGAGAUAAUGGCUCGGAACGGUGACCUAGUUACUUUUGACAUGGAGAAGGAUCCGGUCACGCAGUUGACCGACAUCAAUGUUUCUCUGGGCGGCUCCACCUUCUUUCCGCAAUUGACCUCGGUGCCCAGUGAGUUCGUAAUGACGACAAACAUUGAGGGGCAGGGUCAAGAUGAAAAUGAGUCGCUCGACCGCACAGCAUGCCCGAAUGCCCUCCUGAUUCGACAUGAGUACAAGAUCACUUUCCAGACUCCCACCGUGACCCCGCAAAUUUUGACGCCAACAUUGACAGCCUCGGGGCAGAGCCGGAAUCUCAUGACUGUUCUGGACAACGUGCCGACGACGGCAUCUGUCAUUGAACAGGUCAGUAACCCAGCGGACUUCAUCCGACUCAGUCUCCGGAAGGUUGGCGAGGAGACCCAGGAACCGCCAGGAUUUUGUGAACAGCAAAUAUUCUCCGAAGGCUGGACCAAACUAGAUUGUGUCGUGACGCUAACCCCUCUGAACAAAGACAGCCUGGUGCUGGAAAUACAAGUGAAGAAUUUCACUUCCACGCUAUGGCAGCUUGCAAGCGAUUUUUCUAUGACAGGGCAGGUUGACUUCCAAGCACCAACUGUGACCGGUUUGUUCACGAGAGAUGCAAGUGGGGCGCAGUCGAAUGGUGUGGUCGUGGAGCAGGUCAUGACAUCGGAUCCUGUCUUCUACCUCCAGGGACAAAACUUUGCAAGUCUCAUGGACCUUUCGCUGACCUAUGUGGAUUCGAAGAUUUAUCAGCUGUGGUUGGUGCUCGACCGGGCUUCAAAUUCAAGGCUCUUGUUCUGCUCCUCUGUCGAGUAUGUGUCGGACACGGAGCUGAAGUGUUUGAUUACCUCGUGCUUGGAUGCACGGAAUGUCCCGGCGGCUCCAGAAGUUGUCCUUCAAAUUGGUGAUCUCGAAUCCACUUCCGUGAUUGGACAGCUGACGCUUCCACAGCCCCAGAUCUCGAUCAUCACCCCGGCCGCUAUCUUCGAUGCUGGCUACUCGGAGAUCGAAAUCGAAGGCGUCUCCUUCGGCGAAUUCCUGGCUGCGGAUGGCGACUUCCAGGCGGCCUGCCUCUCGUGGCAGACGAAGCUGAGCAGCUUGCUCGCGGCAGACUCAUCGAGGAGGCUGAGCUUGGCGGACCAGAUUCCAGCUCUGCAAAUGCUGGGAACGGCAAGCGUAACUGUCGGUUUGGCAACCUGCACUGUGCAGGUGCAAAACAACAGCUACGUGAAGUGUUCGAUGACAAGCCCUCGUCGCGCAUCUCGGGAAGCUCCGGCGGCCGGUGAACUCUUGGGCCGGAUCAUCUCCGAGAAUGUGGACGCCCCCUGGAUAACAGAUAACAUUCAAGUAAACGUGAUACUGAAAGUGGGGUCGCUCGAAGAGAUGAACAAGCCGGUGUUACCAACGCAGAUUUCCCAGUGCGAGCAGGAGGGGUACUAUCGACCAAGCGAGGACAGUGAUGGCUGCGAGCCUUGUCCGAAGGGCACAUAUUCCAACCGAUUCUCUGAUCAAUGGCCGCUGGGGUGCACCUUCUGCCCCUCUACGUCAUAUCAAGAUCAGGUGGGCCAGACGGCAUGCUUGCCAUGUCCAGCAAAUACCUUCUCAGUUCCGCCGGCCGUUUCCUUGGAAGACUGCCGCUGCAAGAAGGGUUACUUCUCACCGGUUUAUGAUGCGAGCCAAACAUAUGGCAAGCCGGGUUAUGCUUGCGUUGCGUGCCACACCGAAGACUUCACGACACAAGCCAUGGACGACGAGCCCUGCUCCGUCGAUGUUCAGGGAACGCUCUGUGACGAGCCUGUGUCGCAGGUUUGCGUGCCGAGGGUGACAGGCUCCUUCGACUACCGGCUUUGCAUGAUCUACUGUGCCGGUGGGACCAUGUUGCCGCUCGCGAAGCCGUACUUCUACAUCUCCAAAGCUCAAGCGGCUACCAACACUCAAAAUCCAGGCGUCGAGGAGUACAAACCUGUCAUUGAAAGCUGUCUGCCCUCGACAGCAUGCUUGAAUGGAAACCAGUGCAACACCGGUUAUGAGGGUCCAAACUGUGGUGCGUGCGUGUUCGGAUACUUCCAGGAUCCGGAGUCAAACGUAUGCACUCGAUGCGGGGAGGAUCAGGUCCUCGGCACUCUGAUCUUCAGUGCUCUCGGCAUGUGUGGAACCUUUGGAGCCUUCUUCCUAUCGCUCCUUUACCUGAAAAUGCUCUCCGAUCCCAUCUUUAAGGGUCAGAUCAAGCUCUACAUCGCACGCAAAAUCGUGGAUCGCAUGAAAGCAGCUAUGGGAGGAGGUGGUGGAGGAGGUGGGGGCAAUCCGUUGAUGAAAAUGAUCGACAAGUUUCGCUUCAAGCGUGUGACCUUGAUCAUCCGCAAGCAAGAUAUCGCAGGAUACUGGCCGUAUUUCCAGAACAAGGACUUGGGCUUCGUUUUCCGUGUGGACAAGGAUCGAACCAUCCACGUGGCCGGCGUACGCCCCGGGUCGCCCGCAUCUCGCCUCGGCAUCUCUCACUCCUGGCGGCUCCUCGUCCUCAACGGCAAGCACCUCCGGGCUGACACUGACGUGCAGGAUGCGCUGUCCAGUUGCAAGCUGCCGAUCUACUGCCUCUUCCGCGCUCCUCGGGCAGAAAAAAGCGAUGACGAAGCCGAGCUCGACACGUCAGAUGCCAAAGAACUGAGUGCCUCGGGGGUGCGGCUCAUCACCAUGUCUCUGUCGAUCAUGCAAUCCUUCAAUGGAAUUGGUCGGAUAGAUCUGGAAUGGCCAGAACUAUUCACGAAGAUCAUGGCGGUGAUUGCCAACCUGUCCUUCAACUUCAAUUUCUUUCAGCCGGACUGCAGUGUUGAGAGUCCUUACUGGCAGAACUGGGUCAUGUUUACCAUAAUGCCUUAUGCCUUGAUGUUUCCCAUCACGUGCUCGUACCUUGUCGUGAAGUACCUCUCAUUCCGCGAGAGCCGCGGUGACCCGCAGUACCGAGCAGCUUGGACGAAGAAUCAAGAUUCGGAAACCUCUGGCAGCGGAAACUCUUCACGCAUCGUAGAUUGCAGUGCCGUUAAGGAGGUGCAGGGGUGGCUGCUCCUCAAUGCCUGGGGUAGGGCGAUGCUGACAAUCCUCUUGCUUUUCAUCCAGCAGCAUAUGACGCAGUUGAGCAUUCCAUUCCAAUGCAAAUCCAUGGCGGAUGGCUCUCAAGUGCUGGUGGCUUCGCAAGAUAUUGUUUGCGAUUUGGCCGACACCAACUAUCAGCUGCUUUUCGGAAUCGCAUCCUUGGGAUGGUUUAUCUUUGGCUCGGGUUUCGCCGUUCUGAACGUAUGCCUGUAUUGGAGCUACCACUGGCAAGCAGGGACAAAGACGCGCGACCGCAUCCCAAUCUAUGUCGCGGCUGUCGAGAUGAGCGUGGAGAACAUGAGGGGCUGGGUCGAAGCCGUGCGGCUGCGGGUUUUCAGCAACAUUGUGGCGGUCCGCACUUACCCGACUGGAAAGGACACCGAGGCAGCAGAGAAGCGCCAGUUGAUGGAGGCGAAGAUGAAGCAACGGGGUGCUGCUGUGGUGCCCGAUAAGCAGGGAAAAGACUUGGACAAGGAAUUGGCCGACAUGCGGCGGCGCAAGGCAACCCUGGAGGAUGAGGUGAACCUUAAGGAGAUCAAGCUGAAGUGGAAGAACAAGGAACGCUUCACAGAGAAGGGGUCUUGGCCCGACCAAUUGGAUGGCAGCUAUCUGACCUAUGGUUGGGUGCUCAUCUUCAGUGCUUUGGGCCGCAGUGGGCAAGCAGGCAGCUUCUUUCGCCAGUUUGCCCUGAUGCUGUCCGCCCUGAUGGCCGUGGAAUUCCCACCCUUCGGGGCUGCCGCACAGUCCCUGGUCUUCAUGAUCAACUUUGCGGCUUUGAUCCUCCUGUUCCCAUACACGGCCAGACUCCUGAACAUCGAGGAGUCAGUCCUCACAGGCUGCAUGGCAUUCCUAACUUUCAUGGCCGCUUUCAAGGAGAUGGUUUCCAAGCACAACAAAGCUUCGCAGUACCAGUCCACCAUCGAUGCUACAAGCACGCUGAUUGACGUGCUGGUUCUCAUCAUCGUGACGAUAAUCAGUGGCACCAUGGUCUUUAACGCCUACAUCAUCAUUGGUGGGGCUGUCACGACGGAGUCGGACGACCAGAUCUUGAACAAGGCUUAUUUUGAGACCGCCAUGCAGCAAGAGCGGCUGCGCGAGGAAGAGGAGCGUGGCCGCUUCCAUCGCCAGAUGGAGGAAGAAGCCAGGGACGAGGAGGAUGCCCAUGAGGCUGCCUUCUGGAACGACCCCUUGCAGGCAAUCGAGAAGGAAUGCAUUGGACUGAAGUUGAUACCCUUGCCAGAUUCCGAAGCGACGGAACUGGAUAAGUGCAUCAGCUCGAUUACCAGCCCAUUCGUGGAAGAGUUGCGGGAGAAGCGCGAUGCUUUCGAAAGUACCAUUCAGCAGAAGAAGGAGGCUCUCAAGACAAGGGAGCAGAUGGAAGCUGAAGAACUGAGACAGAUGCGAUGGGAAGAAUUCCGACAGAAGAAGGCUGAUAUCUUUUGGGCGGCUCAAGAGGCUGAAGAGCGCAACGCUAUGUUUCAUGAAGAUCCGCAGCGUCUGCACGAGGCUUUCCUGCAAGAGGCCUUGCAGCUGGCAGAGCGCUACGAACGUGACUGCAUGGAACGAGUAGAGCGAGAACAGCGCGAGGUGGAGGAGUGGAACGCCAACCUGGAAGCUGCCGAGCGGGUGGCGAUGGCAGAGGAGGAUCUGCUGUGCGGAUCUCAGCCUUCGGCUCAGGAGCCCGAGCUACGGGCCCGCGAGCUGCGGGACAUGGCCAAGUUGGAGUUCCGACAGCGCGAGGUGGAGGAGACAAACGCACGCCUCGAGGCGAUGUUCUUGGACAUGAUGCAAAAGGAGGAGCAACGGCAGAGAGAGGUGGAAGAGUGGAACUCCAACCUGGAGGCCCAGGCCCAGGAGGCGAUGGAAAGGGAGGAGGAGCUCCAACGAGAAUACGACGAGUUCCUGGAAAUCAGCCGCCUGCAGAUCGAGAAGGAUCAGCAGAAGAAGCUGAGAAAGGAUGAGCUCAAGCGCAUGCAAAAGGAAGAGAAGAUCAUGCGCAAGUACUUGCAAAGCCUACUGGAAAGUGAGGAGCUCGAGCUGAGCCGCAUGGCCUCGGAAGAGCAGCGGACGCGACAAGUCGAAGAACUCGCCUCGCAGCUUGAAAUACAGAACCUGGAAGACAUGCGCUGGGAAGAGCAGAGACAGAAGGAGAUCGCGGCCUACUUGGCCCAGCUCGAAAACGAGGAGCGCCACAGCAUGGCCAAGGAGGAGAAGCGGACACGAAAGUUUCGGAAGAAAACGCAGGAGCGGCUGGUGCUCGUGCUUGACCGAGCAGGCAUGGAGGUCAACGACUUGCGUGUCCAAGAACGUGCCGCCAAAACGCUGCAGAGAGAGCGCACGCGAAUGGCCCAAGAGGACGAGGAAGCCAAGGAACAGCGCGCGAGGGACCGAAUAAGGUUGGAGAUUGAAGAAGAGGACCGCAAGAGGCGGCAAGCCCAAGCCGAGCGGGAGGAGAUGGAAAGGCAAGCACAGCAAGCAGAGGCCGAGGAGCGGCAAAGGAGAGAAGCGCUUGAGCAAGCGGAGGCCGAGGAGAGGGAAAGACAAGCGAUGCAGGAGCAGUCGAAGGCGGAGGCCGCGCCUCCCCUGCAAACCGAUGAGGAAGCAGGCAAGCCAAGAAGGCGCCGGCAGAACAAGGCGGAACAUGAGGAAGAGGAUCGCAAAGGGCGGCGACAUUCUCCCAAAGAACAGGAGGUCGAGGAGAUGGACAGCCAAGCGCUGGAGCAAGAGGCAGAGGCUGCCGAGCCUGCUGGAGGGGAGGAGGAAGCAGCGGGUAAGUCCAGAACGCGAAGACGAAAUAAGGCGGAGGAUGAGGAAGAGGGUCGCAAAGGUCAGCGACAUUCUCCAAAAGAGCAGGAGGUCGAGGACGUGAAGGAGAUGGACAGCCGAGUGCAGGAGCAAGAUGUAGAGGCUGCCAAGCAGCCUACUGAGGAGCGGCAAAGGAGAGAAGCGCUUGAGCAAGCGGAGGCCGAGGAGAGGGAAAGACAAGCGAUGCAGGAGCAGGCGAAGGCGGAGGCCGCGCCUCCGCUGCAAACCGAUGAGGAAGCAGGCAAGCCAAGAAGGCGCCGGCAGAACAAGGCGGAACAUGAGGAAGAGGAUCGCAAAGGGCGGCGACAUUCUCCCAAAGAACAGGAGGUCGAGGAGAUGGACAGCCAAGCGCUGGAGCAAGAGGCAGAGGCUGCCGAGCCUGCUGGAGGGGAAGAGGAAGCAGCGGGUAAGUCCAGAAGGCGCCGGCGCAAAAAGGCGGAGGAUGAGGAAGAGGAUGGCAAAGGGCGACGAAAUUCUCCCAAAGACCAGGCGGUCGAGGAGAUGGACAGCCAAGCAUGGGAGCAAGAGGCAGAGGCUGCCGAGCCUGCUGGAGGGGAGGAGGAAGCAGCGGGCAAGUCCAGAAGGCGCAGGCGCAAAAAGUCAGAGCCUGAGGAGCAACAGGAGGAGCGUCGCAAAGGGCGGCAGGCGGGAGACAGGCGAGUGUCUGCGGAGCACACAGAGGCUGAGACUGCUGAAGAGCAAGCGGAAGGGGAGGAGGAACCAGAGGAGGAAGCUGAGGAGGAGGCCUCAAGAAGACGCCGGCGCCGGCGCAAGAAAGAGCUGAAAGCUCAAGAUUCUGUUCUGGCAACAUUGGAUGAGUUCUAG